AUGGAACCUGGCCCGUUGUCUGGGCGAGAUCGAGAUAAAGAGAUCUAUCCUAGGUAUAAAAUAGUGAGCCUAUUGGGAUCGGGUGGUUUUGGAGAUGUCUACAAAGUAAAACAAUUAGGAACUGGGCAGUUCUAUGCGCUAAAAACAGAAGAUGUUGAUAUCGAUUCGAGGCUGAAUAGAUUGAAGGUAGAAGCUACCGUGCUCAGCGCGUGCGGUAAUGCUCAGUACAGAAGGCAUUUCUUGCGGCUUAUCGAUCGUGGCGUAACACAAAAGUUCAAAUUUAUUGUGAUGCCUAUUGUUGGGUGGAGUUUGGACAAGAUUCGUCGCGAAGUGCUAAAUGGAGCGCAAUUUUCGAAACAGACGGCCAUCAAGAUUUGCGUGCAGACUUUGAAUGCUGUACGUGACCUUCACGACAUUGGCUUCCUGCACAGGGACCUGAAACUCGCCAACUUUGCCAUAGGUAUCGAUAAACCAUCACAUGAGACCAUUUUCAUGCUCGAUUUCGGCAUCGCCAAACGUAUCGCUGGAGAUGACGGAAUCAUCCCAGAACCUCGUGAAAAAGUAGCAUUCAUGGGAACACGGCGCUACGCGUCCAGAGCAUGUCACCAAAUGAAAGAGCAAGGCCGCAAAGACGACGUGGAAUCAUGGUGCUACAUGGUGCUGGACAUUUUCGACGAGAAAUGCAUACCGUGGCGUGAAGUCAAGGACAAUGACGAGACGCUCCGUUUGAAGGAUGAUCUCAUGCAUAGUCGGGAUGACUUGUUCACCGAAAGCGAUCUCAAACCAGAAAUUAACGACGUUUACCUGUCGAUUCCUCGAGAAAUGAGCUUGAUUUUCGACUACAUCAAUACGUUGGUAUUCGAAGACAUGGUCGACUUUGACUACAUUCUCGACAUUCUUGGUAGAAUUGUCGAAGUGAAUCAUUGGAAGGUGGAAGAAAAGAUGGAUUGGAUCCCUAUCUUUAUCAGUAAGAAUCUGUUCAUGGAGAAUGUCGAAGGACGCACUGUCGAGGAAGCAAAAGUAACUGCGUGA